UUCGCUUCUGACGUAACUUACUGGAUUUAGAACUGUAUUCCACACACGAGUUAACCAGAAUUUAACUGAUUUGCAGCAAGUUUCAACCGGGUGAAAACCAGUUAAACUUCGCUUAACUUGAAUUGUGAAAUCGGGCCUUAAAUCUGAGUGAAACGGUGUUUACACAUUAUUUAACACCAGUAGUUAUAAAACUGACGUGAGAUAGUUGGCAGUAGUGGUGUAAAUAUACCAAAAUUGCUUAGUAUUUCUUUAAUUCCCUUGUUUCCCGGUGUCAUUGUCACAAGUCACAAUGAGUCGAAAGGAAGCCUUGUCACAAUUUAUACAACAAAUCCAUGGUCGACCAGUUGUUGUAAAAUUAAACAGCGGAGUUGAUUACAGAGGUGUAUUAGCAUGUCUUGAUGGAUAUAUGAACAUAGCAUUGGAACAAACCGAGGAGUACGUAAAUGGACAAUUGAAAGAUAAAUACGGGGAUGCCUUCAUUCGAGGAAACAAUGUAUUAUAUAUCAGUACUCAAAAACGUCGGACUUAAUCUUUAUUUUUGUUAAACUAACCUCAUUUUCUUUGUAAUAAAAAUUCUUGGGUUUAUGUGUUUA